ACAGAAGGAGAGAGAGAGAGAGAGAGAGAGAGACAGAAAGACACAGAGAGAGAGAGAAAGAGAGAGAGAGAGGGGAACGGAUCUCUCAAUUACAUUGUACUGUGUGUCCCACAGACGUCUUACUUUUUUUCACCCGGGUUUCAAGUUGAUCACUACUUUAUAAUUCUUUCUGUACCUCAACGCUGCUUUGUAAGGCUAGAAAAUAGCUUAGAUAAAGCACAUUAAGUAUUAUUAAUCACAUUUUUAGGGGACAAAACGAGCUGUGCUUCAUUUAAACUGAUAAACAAAGUGAAAUAGGUAUUAAUUCUUUACAUACAGUAUUUUAAAUUUUGUUUUUAUUUUUAACAAAAGACAAAACAAUGAGCAAUAGCUCCACAGAUUUUGGAUCAGUUUUGUAUGGAUUUGACAUAUGCCAGCACUGGAAUGAAUAUAUGGAAAGGCCACUGUACCACCUAGCCUGUGUUAUUCUCACUCUGGGCUACAUGGGAGGAAGUGGAAUAUUCGGCUCCCUCUACAUCUACAGUCUUCUGGCCAUUGGAUAUCUUUGUUGUGGCCUGUGGGGAUGGUUGUAUGCAUGUGGAAUUGACAUCUUCUCUUGGAAUCUCCUGCUUGUAACAAUCUGUGUCCUUCAGUUGGUUCACGUUGGCUAUCAGCUGCGAAGAAACUCCCUUGAUGAAGACUUUGAAAACUUGUACAAAUCUCUCUACUUGCCUUUGCAGGUUCCACUAAAUAUAUACAGGGAAAUAGUGAAAUGUUGUGAGGGACAGGUAAUGUCUCUAACUAUGGAGCAAAACUAUGCAGUGGAAGGAAAGACUUCAAUUGAUCGAUUGUCACUACUGCUUAACGGAAGAGUUCGAGUAAGCUUGGAUGGACAAUUUCUUCAUUAUAUCUUUCCCUACCAGUUCCUGGACUCACCAGAAUGGGAAUCAUUGCGUCCAACUGAAGAGGGCAAAUUUCAAGUCACACUGACUGCAGAAACAGAUUGCCAGUAUAUCACAUGGAAGCGAAAGAAACUUUAUAUGCUAUUGGCAAAGGAUCGUUACAUAGCACGUAUAUUCUCAGCCAUGCUUGGUAAUGACAUUUCAGACAAGCUAUACUCCCUUAAUGAAAAGAUAUUUUCCAAGUUUGGCCUUCGUUUUGACAUUCGACUCCCAAGCCUCUACCACGUUUUGGGGCAACCACCUUCAAGUGAGUCAGAUACUGAAAAGGAAGGGAAGGAGACUGCUGACUUAUCUGUACCUCUUUUGCAAGACCCACCAGCUCAUAAAUUGAUGUCACGCCCUUCACAUCAUGCAAGGGUGCCCUGGCAAGAUCAUGACACCCAUGGUGAGGAUUCAUCCAGUCUUGUAGUGGAAGAUUUUGGUGAUAUGACGGGUUCCUUUAUGGAUUACGUGAACGAAAGAGAGUAUAUGAAAUAAAAUCACCUUAACCUGUGAUAAUCUCCUCAGGACCUACCCCAAAGUGUUAUUUAAAGGAAGAGCUCCACUGGCUCCCACAAUGACACCAGAACUUUAAAAAUGACCAAGUCUAGAAGUGGAUACUUCUGUUAUGUAUAGACUGCUGUAUAACCCUGUGUAUUAUACAUGCAUGCAGAUCACACCAAAGUCUCUGCAGUUCUCUAAAUGGGAAUGAAUGAUACUUCCUGCUGAAUAUGCCAGGCACCUGAUGCACAGCGACACCACUGCUACAGACACAAAUGACUGCAACAUUACACAUGCAUUACAUGCAAGAAGCACUCAAAUUUCGUGCACAUUGGUUUUAAAUGGACACUGAGUAGCUGAUUUUAAAAUGCAAAAAAUGUUUAUUAACUAUUAAAAUGCAUUUGUUUAUGACAGUAUUAAAGAUUUGAAGCACCUCA